AUGGAGCCAAUGAGCCAAACUACCCCUGCCGAUGUCGCGCCUCCCACCGACGCCUCGCCAGCCAACGCGGCAAACUGGCAGCCGCAAGGUGAAGCACACAUCGAGCUCCAAUCUUUGGCGCAGCCACAAGCUCGGGCGGUCCAGCCAACAAGCCCUCCUACAACAUCGCUCGACCCCCAAUCCCCUCAGCCACAGGCCCAGACCAAUGCGGCGGCGCAACAUCCUCCAGCCCUCCCAAUCGACGAGCGGGAGAUCCUCAUUCCCAUCCCGGCCCCAACGACCCAGGGCGAGGCCGAGGCUGGGGUGCGGCGGAAGAUUCCCCAGUCUGGAUUUCCGACAGCGGCGGAAAUAGACGAGUCCGUCGCAUGGUUCACGAAAUACUUGGUCAUGGUCAUCGCGGUGGCGGGUGCGCAGGGGACGCCAGCCCUUCCCGCCAUCAUCCUGAAGGCGAGCAGUCGUUUCUACCUCUCCUAG